ACAUCCAUUUGGUAAACCCCUUGACAUUGUCCCUGUAUCCGCAUCCGCUUUAGUUGCCAAAUUAUCGGCUAUAAAAGCAAGUGAUCAACUCGAGCAGCGCCAGACGAUAAAGUACCUUCUGUCCGUUUCAACCGGCUUGGGAUUCAGUUUCAUCUUACCAGUUUCUAGGGGGCCACACUUACUUGUUGAGUUCGCCACAAUGUUCGACUCAAAGAUUAGGGUGCCCAAGUACGACUCGGAUGCGUUCGACAAUGUCGCGUACGAGCUGCAGAUGACGUACACUCUGGAGACGGAUCGCCGGAUCAUGAGCUUCUACGACGCCAUGUGGGGCAUGGAGGUGACUGGCGGCAUUGAUCAGUUCGAGCCGCUGACCAUUGUGAAUGUGUCACCCACUGGCCUGGCGAAGAGAGGAGGCAUGCGAGUGGGCGACGAGAUCACCCAGAUCAAUGAUGUGCCGGCCCUGGAGAUGACCUUCAAUGAGGCCCUGCAAAUGUUCCGAAAGAAUUCGCGAUACGUUCGUGUCUACGUUAGGGGUGAUGACGAUGCUCCCGGUGAGGAGGAUUGGACCUGCGAUUGCUGGUUUAAGCCCAGGAAGCCCUGGCGUCGUGACUUCACACCCAUUCAAUGGACAUUCCCCUGGAACGAUCGUCGCAAGCCUGUCUACAAGGAGUCCAACUGCUUCAUGGUGCCCAGCAAAAUGGAGGAGAAGAUUCGGGCGAGACGUGCUGUCACCUCAGCUGUUCAUAAGAAGGAUGAUCUGGCUCCACACACUCGCUCCUUGACGCCCACUCCCAGGCCGAAGAAUCAACCAGGUCCGAAUCUUCUCGAGACUGUGCUCAGGCCACGUGGACCACCGCCAAGGGAUUAGGACAGCGAUCUAAAUGGAAAGAUGGUGUUGACCAAGUCACAAGGAGUUGCAGGCAGUGCUGAAUCCGCUGCAGUGCAUCAGGACCUUCAAGGACUAUUCACUCAAAAGAAGGCAGACAGCUGAAUAUACAGUUGAAGUGCCACACAAAUGCCGGGAAAAGAUUUCGAAGAGGGUUUUCCUAAGAACCAUGUCUUAAUCCUGCCCAGAAAUAAGCGGAAAACUUUAUUAAUGGAUAAUUUAAAGCCAUAGCUGGCAGGCAUCUGUAGAAAACAGUUGCAGUGCUUUGGGUUAGAAAUUUGGAGAAGAGUUCUCAAGGAACUCUGUCAAAAUGCUAACCAUACAUCUGGUGAUAGAAACUAUUAUUAUCCUUCAAGGAUAUAAACUACCUCCUAUGUGUUCUAGAAAAUAACUAUAAUAUCAAUCUAAAAUUCCAAAAACCUAAAUUGAAUUUAAUUAU